ACCCACCAACUCUCUGUUACCCGCCACCGCUCGCUCGCUCACUCCAAUCCCCACCUUCUCCCCAGCCCUCACCAUGUCCUACUUUGGAGCAUUGAGGGACGCGCUGGCUCGCAGCAUGGAUGUGGCUGUACAAGCGACGCGCACAGCAGCGAGGAUGGAGGUGGUGCCGUCGGCCAGAUCGCAAGGCGCUUACCCGCUGUGGAGCAUCAGCAGCCAACGAGGCAACGUGAGGGACUUUGUCAUCGGAUGCGACAAGGAUGUCGGUGGACUCAGCAGCUGCAACUUGGCUUACGAUGAUGCGGAUGAUGGCAGAGGUCGCUUCUACGGUACCCUCUCUUCCGAACUGCCCCGCAAGGCUCAGAUCCAGCGCAGUGGUUAUGCCGCCUUUCGCAACAAGAACCGACCGACCAUCUUUGGCAAUCAGACGUGGGACACUACGCUGCAUCCUUACCUUCUCUUGCGCGUGCGCAACAGGCUGGCAUCCCCCCACUCGCCAUCCGAUACGCCCUCGCUGGCAUCAGCACUGCACACUGCCCAAGCUCGAGUCAAGGCUGCCACGCGCCAUCACGAUGAGCAGCAGCUCGAUCUGCGUGCCCUUCACGCCAUCGGCUCCGGUCUCGGCUCCUCAGAUACGCCAGGCCCAAAGUAUUUCGUCAACAUUCAAACCGAUGGUCCCGUCACCAGCGACCUCUUUCAACAUCGUCUCUGGCUCGAUCACUCAAAGGGCAGCGAAUGGCAGGACGUAGUGAUUCCCUUUGCCGACUUUGUCCUGCUCAACGCGGGCACAGUCGCAUCCUCCCAGAUGGAAAUGAUGCGAGAAAAGGUGCGCACCAUUGGCAUCUCUGCAACCCUUUCAAGCCCCGGCUACACUUCGGAACCUCGCAAAGGUCAAGCAGGUCGGCCUGAAGAAGCAGCUCAGCAGGUGGACAAGGACACGGCUCCUGCUGCUGCUCCCAGCGCUCUGCGCGCGCCUCGAUCCGGCAGCCAAGACGCUUCAGCGCCUGCACGCGGAUCUCAGCGAGGUCAAACGUUCAACUUUGAUCUGGGCGUAGAUGGUGUAUGGGCCGUCGGAGAGGAUCGUUUGGAUGGCAUUCCAGAGGGUGUAGAGGUACUGCGCGAUUCUUUGCUGUAAUGUGAGACGUCAUUGUGAUUGUAACGUGCUUGUCUCGCAUCUAUUGGAGUCGUCGAAUGCAGCGCGCGAUGUCCAGACAUGACCUUUUGUCCCCGCGUCUCGUCGGGUCAGAAAUGGUGCUUCGACAAUCACCAAUGACCGUGCGCCAAGCCGUGCCUUUCAUCAGCGAGACGUGUCCGCCGGCG